CGCAAGAAUUCGCACAGCGGCAUUUCCGUAUAACAGCUUCUACACCAAAUAAAAUUAAAAAAUUUGUUUGAUCACGUAGCAUAUCUAUCGAUGACGCAGUGCCACCGGCUAGGCGUGCUGUUUGCGUUAAGGUAGUUCAUCCGAUCGUGCCUUUAUCUAGUAUCUAGUUCGCACAUUUUCAUCAUCUCCUAGUUCCAAGAUUUAUCAUCAAAAUGGCCCCUCGCAGUAUAUUCGCGACUUCUAAUUCGAGUCUUUCGAAAAACCAGCAAGCCGUCGUGCAUUUUUCCCUGCAAGCCGCAGAGAUUCUGCUAGAGGAUGUCCUCGCGAUUUCAAUUUUGCGCCUCCUGCUCACAAAGGAGCACGCGGUUCGGGAAGAUGUGUUGGUGGAAAGUCUUAAAGUUCCCCAAAAGCUCCUCCGGGCCAAGCUCCGCCAGUUUCCGCCGGGGGUAGUGGAAGAGGAGCUCGCCGGUCCGGGAUCCGGGGCGCACAACCAACACGGAGGGCGCCGGGGUACAACUACUGUCGACAGCAGUAGUGCUAGUUCAACAGCGGUGGAAAUAAACAAUAAAACGUCCGCCAUGAGCCAGUGCUUUAUCAGGUUCGCGCCCCAGAUUGGGCACUUUUUCGGGGACGCGCUGUGCAGCAUGGUCGAGGUGUUACUGGCAGAGGAGGAAGAGAACCAGAACGCGCUUGCAGAUAAUUCGCAGCAGGAACAAGAUGAGUAUCAAUUCCAGCAAACAAAAAGGUUGCAGGUGCAAUACAAGACGCUUCUGGCGAAAGUGCCAAGAAAAAAGAGCAAGGUGCGAUUGAAUUUGAACCCGAACCCGUCCUCCAGAGGACCCGCGGGCGGCACUAGAGGUGGACCACAUCUUGCGACAAUGACGGCAGCAAGUGUGGUGCCUGUACAACGAGGAACAGCAGCAGCACCAGCAGCAAGAGCUGCGUACCGGUGCGCUGGGACUUGCACGAGAGAAUACGGGGAGUUGGAUGUGAUCAAGUACAUUUCAAAAGACGGGACGAAAUACAUCUGCCCGCAGUGCGGCAAACACGAGCUGGUUUUUAGCAAAGCCGCGGUAAAAUCCAGCUUUGACGAGAAAAAUAACGAAAUCAUUCUGAAUCGGAGUGAUUUGGAGCGGCAGUUGCAACAGCAAAAAGCGGCUAGCGUGACAUCGACUGGCCAGGCAGGGACGAGUGCAGCCACAGUAUUAAAUGCAGGCGCUCGUUCGACACCACGACGGCCACGACAAUCCAAACUUUCCGUCUUCCACACCUACUGCGGCGGCCUUUUCAAGCAGUACUGCGAAAGUCUCCGCGGGAUCACGUUGCCCUACCUCCCCCGCCGCGAUCCGAAUCUGUUUCGGAAUAAAGACAAAAGCCUCAAUACAACCACCUCGCAGGAUGCGAACGUGUUGUCCAUGACGUCGGCGCUGAGCUCGUCGGGUAGAGGUGACCAAUUGGAGAUUGUGGAGGUCGACCGAUCGGUGCCGUUUUUUCUUCAGACCGGGGCGGCGACAAGCAGCGGGACGAGUAAUUAUUCGGCGGGUGGUGCAAAUAGACGACGAAGGAGCUUUGAAGAUGGUUUCGACGACGAUGAAUUCUUAGGGCUAGCAGCAGAUAGCAACGCGAAGCGACAACGAUUGAACCAGCAGAAACCGACACGGGGCUACAACCUCCCUGAGGACGAUUUUCUUGAUCCUUUCUCGCACCUUCCGCCCCUAGACAUGGCCAUGCGAGAGAGAAACCGAGCGCGACUCUUGCGAGCGAGAAAAAUUGCCGCGAAUGGAGCAGGAGGUAACAAAAGCACAAGCUCAUCAACCGCUGGAGGUGAAGAGGAGCGGACAAGACGGAUCAAAGAAUUGUUGGACGAGAAGGUUUUGUCGUAUGAGAACUUUUAUCCGAUGCAAAUUAUGUCUGGGUCUGGAAGAUUGCGAGAUUUGUCAUGCUAGUCUGGCAUGACUCUGCGCUCUGUAUUGCGUGGCCACCAAGAGGUUCUCUUGCCUGUCAUGGAAAAGUGCACUUUCUCAUGCGAAAUACGCAUCACAAAAGCACGAGAAAAAUUGUCAUGCUUGGCGGCGCAUUACAGAGCAUGUAUUGUUCACGGACUUGCAUCACAAGUUUCCAGACCCAGACAUUUUUGCAAUCCAUAACUUUUCGAAGAAGAUCGCCUUGCGGUACGUCACGGCAGAGCAUGAGGGCAAGAUGACGGAUGCCGAGUACGAGGCAUAUUUCGAGCAAAAGCAGCAAGCCUUGAAUUUACACUACGGCGAACUCUUUGCGGGAAGGUUUUGAUUUUGCUAGUAUAGUACCAAAAAACAGCGACUUGUGUACAUAUGAACAGCGAGGACUGCGACUGCACAAUGUGAACUGCGAAAUAAUAGUUUAUAUGCACAGCAUGCAAAGACAAGCGACACAAAUAUGAAUGUAGACGAAUUCCGGUUCAUUCAUCAGCACACUUCAUCGCCACAUGGUGCUGAUGUGGUGGAACAGCCAUUACUACCAGUUGAUGCUCCAGCACAAGCUUUAAAACUCAUCGAUUGGAUACAAUUCAGUGUUCAAAACACGUUUUGUUCGAUCCUUCUGAGAAUUUGUCGAGCAGAC